AUGGCCGACGAGAAGAAACCCCCGACGCUGGCCCCGCCCGCAGUCACUGCCCUCAAGCAGGAGGCUGUCGGCACCAGCGGCCACCGACAGAACAUGGAGCGCAGUGUUAGUCAGGACAUGCGCAACGAGCGUGCAGACCUCAAGGAGGCCGCCGAGCACAGUCUGAACAUCAUCAUGGACCUGGAUCUCGAGGGCAAGAUCCGCUAUGUCAGCCCCUCGUGGACCGACGUCAUUGGCUCCCUGCCCAAGGAAGUCACGGGCAAGCCUGUACUCGAAAUCAUAUGCGGCGGUGCCGACGGUUUCGCCGAGACGAUUGAGUCGGUUAGGAAAGACGACUCCCGGAGUCACAUUGCCCGUUUCACCGUACGACUGGGCCCUCAUUCCAUCCUGCGCAAGCAGCGACCGAGGCACGCCGCCGAGGCCCCCGAGUCAAUGCCAAUGUCGCCUACCCACGUAGAGGAAGAGGAGGAGCAGCUGUUGAACCUCGAGGCUCAAGGAAUCAUGGUAUACGACCGCACGACUGGAGCGGAGAGCCAUACUAUGUGGAUGGUCCGGCCAUCGAUCAUUCGCGAAGUGACAAUCGACCUCCCGGAAGUCCUCGUGGAAUCUCUCGGGGUCGGCGCUGAGGUCCUCGCCCAUUACCUCACUGGCCUCGCCGAGCAAAGCGCAACCAACCCGGGCGAACACGCACCGCCGCUACCGGUACUCUGCCGAAUCUGCGAACGGCAAAUCACACCUUGGUGGUUCGAGAAGCACUCUGAACUGUGUCUACAAGAGCACCGUGCGGAAAUGGAUGUACAGAUGGCACAAGAGACUCUUGCUGAGCACCGCAAUGCCAUCGUCAAGGUCCUCGAUACACUGGAGUCUCACAGCCAGCGUUCAAGAGCUGCGGCAGUAGACUCGGUACAGCCAAUUCAGCCCGCCGAGUACAAGGGCCUCAUCAUCCACGCAACAUCGACGCCAUCGUCUGGCACACCCUCUGGACGCAACUCUCCUGCUUCGCCGCCGUCAAGAUCACGCGAACGCUCGGAGCGCUCGUCUGGUUUUGGUCAUCACCGCGCGCGAUCAUUCGCCGUUCGGAGGCCUCUAGCCCGUAUCGUUGAGCUAGUUCUGGACUUGUGCGACACCGCACUCGAGAUCAACACACCGGCAGUCAAGGACAAUGGACGUGGUCAAGCAGCGACGGAGAUUCGCACACAAUCGCCUCAGUCGGAGAACCGUAUCUCGCAAGUCCUCCAAUGGCAAUCGCCUACCACAGGCUCGGUCGACCACACUGAAGGCCUAAAGCUGUUGUGUGAAGAUACCAGCAGGCUUGCCAGGGCAAAGAUCGAUGCAGUCACUCGCCAUAGGAGGGUGCUAGAGUACUCUGAACGACUACGCAUUGAAUUCGACAUCUUGGUUCAAGAAUGCAUCGAAGCCGCGAUCCUGAAAGCUGCUCGUAUCGCUGCCGGUGAGGACAGCUCCUCCGAAGACGAGCGACAGGAAGAAGAGGUUCAAUCCGACGCCAAUGACACCGAUACAGCUCCCGGCGAAGAAGGCAUAUUCCCUGGAUCUUUCGAUGCGCCUUCUUCCAUGGCACAAGCUCUCCGUAACACUUCUGACGCCUCGUUACCAGCACGAGUCGGACGGCGUGAGUCUUCUGUAGCCGGUUCAAAUCGAUCUAGCAGUCCUAAAGGGGGUUGUCAAACACCACGGUCGCACGCGGGCGCCAUCAGUAUAGCGACCCACAGCAAGCGCCAAUCCAUGCAUUUCGAGAGCGAUGCUGGUGCGGAGAGUGAUACCAGCAUGCGUUCAUCCGUGUUAUCUGGCCCUCGCCGAGCUGAUUCACCGGCGACAUCCGACGUAGGACUCAGUAGGGUAGCCAGUUCACGUGAACGCAAACGCAAGAGUCUAAUCUUGCCGAGUGUCAUGUCUAGUCGACAACAUUCGCCUGCCCGUUCCAUGAUACCUCCGCCAUCUUCACCUCUGCGAACAAACAAGCCGCGCCUGCCUAGUGGCAUGGAGGCCUUACAAUCACCAAUCACGUCGCCAAUCUUGCCGACUACCGAAUUCUCUUCGCCAGCAAUGGUGCAUGCUCUAAACCACCACCGGAGACAGUCUUCUACUGCUGGUUCAGACGGUCCAAGACCCGUCUCUCCUCGUUUGAUUCCCACCACUCAGCCACAGCCACGCGCAGUUCCUCCGUCAAUAAAGGAUUUCGAGAUCAUCAAACCCAUCAGCAAAGGCGCUUUCGGAAGCGUUUACCUAGCCAAGAAGAAGUCCACUGGAGAAUACUACGCUAUCAAAGUCUUGAAGAAGGCCGAUAUGGUAGCCAAGAAUCAGGUCACCAACGUGAAGGCUGAGCGAGCUAUCAUGAUGUGGCAAGGCGAGAGUGAUUUCGUUGCCAAGCUGUAUUGGACCUUUUCUAGCAAAGACUAUCUCUAUCUCGUCAUGGAAUACUUGAACGGUGGCGAUUGUGCCUCGCUCAUCAAGGUCCUGGGUGCUUUACCAGAAGACUGGGCGAAGAAGUAUCUCGCUGAGGUGGUACUUGGUGUCGAACAUUUGCACAGUCGGAGCAUUGUCCACCGCGAUCUCAAACCGGACAACCUGCUCAUCGAUGGAAAGGGUCAUCUAAAACUGACUGAUUUCGGUUUAUCGCGGAUGGGUAUGAUUGGCCGACAGAAACGUGCACUCAAGUCUGUCGAGCCUGCGCCGGACCUGCUCAAGACCGGCCCAUUCCAUCGCGCUACGUCUGUAGGCUCUUCACGAUCUGCAUCCUUUGACUUGAACCACUCGCCUUCACAGACGCCAUCCAUGACACCUGCUCUCGCUGGAGACAUCGGUCAACCGUCGUACUUUAGCCUUAAUCGGGACGGUUCCCAACAAAGCCGUGAGCCUUCAAGGCGCACUUCGGGCACUCGGAGCGACAGCCAAGACAGUGAUGCGCUACAAGCCAUGUUCCGUCGCUUCAGUAUAGCUGACGAUUCCUUCGGUCAGCCUCGUGGACGGUCACCGAUAGAAGAGGAGGCCUACAGCGACGACGGUUCUCCCGACCUCUACCCUGCUACACAUUCUCUGAGUCACUCUGCAGUAGCUCAAAAUAGUGCGUUGGCGCCUUCGUCGUCAGCAAUGCCACCGCCACCUAUGGCUCUGUUCGACCCAGAAGAUAGCGACCGCAAAUUCGUCGGAACACCGGACUAUCUUGCCCCUGAAACUAUCGCUGGUAAUGGCCAGGAUGAAGUCAGCGAUUGGUGGUCCUUAGGCUGCAUCCUCUUCGAAUCUCUGUACGGAUACCCUCCAUUCCACGCUGAUACGCCCGAUGAGGUGUUCCAAAACAUUCUCGCGCGUAGAAUCGACUGGCCAGAGGAUGAUGAUGAGCUAUACGAUAUAUCAGACGAUGCGAAGGAUCUGAUGAAUCGGUUGAUGUGCUCUGAUCCUGCACACCGUCUUGGAGCGAACAAGGACGACAAAUACGCUAGUGGUGGAGAGGAAAUCCGCAGCCAUCCGUGGUUUGCGGAUGUCAACUGGGAGACCUUGCGAGAUGACGAAGCAUCCUUCAUUCCUGCACCUGAAAACCCAGAGGACACGGAAUAUUUCGACACCAGAGGAGCCGCCAUGGCAAACUUCAGUCCCGAGUUUGAAGACCAAGCUACUACACCAGCAGGAACCCCAAGUACCGAUUAUCCUGACCGACCACACGAUGCUUUGUCUAGAGUACGCUCUCAGGUGACUGUCUCGACUAUGAAGCGAGGACUGAUCCCUCUCCAUAUCCCAGCUCAUGUGCGGGAAGGCCGGUCGAGGAGACUCAGUGAACCAAUGGCAACUGACGACUUUGGUAAUUUCAGUUACAAGAACUUGCCUGUUUUGGAGAAGGCAAACAAGGACGUCAUCCAGAAGUUGCGUGCAGAAGCUAUGCUUCCACAAAACAAGCCCGCACCGCCUCUGCAGUCGCCCAGUGUCACGUCGCCAUCGCCAUCGCUGGAGAACAGCCCGAUGCUACCCGGCCCGCUCAAACGUACGCUAUCCUCCAACAGAGCCACCGGACGGCCCUCUUCUCCCUCGAUGAGCGGGCCACAUUCUUCGCCAAGUCGUGGUUCACAACCCUCAUCUCCUCUACUCGUACAGUUCAGCACGGGACAACAUGACCGACGCAAGACGUCUAGUAGCUCGUCUACGUUGUCGCAUUCGACCAGCAACCCAUCCUCGCUACAACCUGGAAGCUUCUUCGAUCCUUCCCGUGUGUCAGGCUUGCGACCAUCCCCAGAAGCUGUCUCACCAAACAGGCUUUCAAAAACACCGUCUGCACCUCCCGUGGCUUCUCAAGAGAAGCCCGUCACUGGACAACGCCAGUCAUCGGUACAAACCAAUGCUUCUUCACCACGUGCUCGGUCCCAAACGCUUGGGUCUCAAGAGGACGAUGUUGUGCGCGAUCUCUUACCUGGGCACUACAAGCGCCGGAGUCAAGUGCUUGAUGUGUCUCCAUCGUCGUCGGACACGGAAGACUCUCGUGCGAAAGCGCUGCUUCGUGUCCAGCGACGACGUCAGAGUUCUCGAAGACUCUCGCAGAUCAGCUUUGGCGACGGUCCUUUCUUCCGGCCAUUAGACGUAUUGAUUUGCGAGGACCACCCAGUGUCACGGCUUGUCAUGGAGAAGCUGCUCGAGAAGUUGCGCUGCCGCACUUUGACCGUUACCAAUGGCUCAGAAGCUAUACGAUAUGCGAUGGGCGAGGUCAAAUUUGAUGUGAUCAUGAUGGAGUUCCGCCUUCCUCAGGUCAAUGGUGCAGAUGUCGCUCGCAUGAUCCGAGACACCAAGAACGCCAAUACGCAUACUCCGAUUGUCGCUGUUACUGGAUACCUGAAGGAGCUGCAGGCGCCUCACUAUUUCGAUGCACUUAUCGAAAAGCCUCCUACUGUUGCGAAGCUUACGGACACGUUGAGCAGACUGUGCCAAUGGAAAGCACCCCCGCCAGGCUGGACGCCGAACCAGUUGUAUCCAUCGAUGAUGCCCUCUGGGCUUCGACAAGAGUCUUCGCGCCAGGAGGACAGCCCCACAACCUCGAAUUCUUCAGGCUAUCCACCCGUCCCUUCUGCCAGUUACCGAGGUUCGAGCCGCGAAGACUCUAUUAGUUCUAGCUUCUUCGGUGACAACGAUAGUCGCGCAGGCGAGGAUAUGCCAGUCAGAAUCCACAACGCCGACGAUUGGCGGGAGCGCGACAUCGCACGAGCUAUGAGUGGCUUAGGGAUUUGCGACGAUGCAGCUAAUGCCGAUGCGAAAGCAGCUGUUCCCAAUCGUGUUGGUGCACCUGACCUGCCCCACGGGGACUCCGCGCCAGCCGUUCUCGAGGAGGCAACGAUCCGCCGCCAGAGAUCGACAGAGCAAGUCGGCGCCAAACGUCGCAUUCUGGAGACCCGCAAACACGAGUCGGCAGAGUCUGGGGACGAUGAAGACGACGAGCUGGGUCAUGCUCCAGUGCGCACUCGGAGUCCAAGGUCAAGACCAAAGUCUACGUCGAAACUUGGAAUUGAGAUGAUGCGAACGAACAGCAGAGGCAGCGUCAUCUCUGUCGAAGACCCUGGUCAGCCAGAUUCAACCCUACCUUCUUCUCCGCCUCCAAUGAUUACAGAGGAGCGUGCGGCAGAGGAAUAUGAGGGUAGCCUUGACGUACCUGCAGUCGCGCCUACGUCGCUCACACCACCAGUCCUCUUUCCCGAAGAACCCGGCGAUGAUGUGACUGACUUUGUCAUCGAAACUCCCAAGGCGCAGAAGGACGCGAUUAGUCCGGAUCCGGAUCCCACGCCCAAAGCAAAGCCUGCCACGACACCCGACCCAGACCCAACCCUCCGAGCGAACAGUCCAGUGGACCCCUAG